AUGAGUCUUGUGCCAUCAAGUGUGGCAGGCGCACUAACGAAGGCAACCAGCACUCCUGAUGCUCUGUUCCAAACCAUCUUCCUGGGGUUGGCAGCGGUCGCUGCACUUGCGAACAUCGCGGUGAGGGACUUUAAGCAAGCAGAAAAGAAGGAGGAGAAACCUGAGGGGGUGAAGAACCUUCAGAUUCGUUUUCUGAUCGUGUUCUGGCUGCUCAGGAUGGCAGACUGGCUGCAGGGUCCUUACUUUUACGAGGUAUAUGCUAGCAAGAUCAUCGGAGGUAGCCCAGUCAGUCUGGAUCUAGUCUCCAAGCUCUUCCUCAUAGGGUUUGGGACCACUGGGUUGCUUGGAGCAUACGUGGGCAAGCUGGUUGACUCCAAGGGAAGAAAGGCAGGCACUCUUGCCUUCACUCUCCUCUACACCAUCGGCGCUCUCUCCACCAAGUCCUCCCUCCUCUGGGUGCUCGUGCUUGGAAGGCUCGCAGGAGGGGUGGGAACCAGCCUCCUCUUCUCUGCUCCAGAGUCUUGGCUGGUAGGAGAGCACAACAAGAAGGGAUUCGACGGUAAGUGGCUCGGACAGACCUUCGGCUGGGCGUAUGCCGGGGACAGCCUCGUGGCAAUCUCAGCUGGACAGCUUGCCGGGGCUGCGGCUGCCGCACGAGGACCAGCCGGUCCGUUCGAGAUCUCCGUGGUGUUCCUGGCAGCUGGAGCCUUGCUGGCAGCAACGACAUGGAAGGAGAACGUCGCGCCCAAGAGUGGGAGCGAGAGCGCCGGGCCGACGAUAGGAGAGGCAUGGAGGGUGAUGAUGGAAGAUAAGAAGAUUCUUCUGGUUGGGAUCGUGCAAGCUCUGUUUGAAGGAGCUAUGUACAUCUUCGUGCUGCAGUGGCCUCCCUCCCUCAUCGCAGUGGUCAACAAUGGACAAGUCCCCUUCGGCAAAGUCUUCUCCUGCUUCAUGGCCAGCUGCCUCAUAGGAAGUACGCUCUUCGGAGCUCUGAGCAAGAAGGGCGUUGAGGUCGAGAAGUCGACGUCGAUGAUGCUUCUUGCAGCAACCUGCGCCAUGGCAGUCGCUACCAGCUGUGGCUCAUCGCUCGCAGCGAUCACUGCUGCUUUCUUGGUGUUUGAGUUGUGCGUCGGAAUGUAUUUUCCCUCCAUUGGAACUCUUCGAUCGAAGCAUGUUCCUGAGAGCCAUCGAAGCGUCAUCAUCAACAUCUAUGGCAUCCCGUUGAACCUCAUCGUGGUGUCUGUCUUCCUCUCCAUCAAGCAGCUCGGAGUCUCCGGGGCCCUCGCCUGCUCGACUCUUGCCUUGUCCCUUGCCACAGGUAACGAAGAUUUCUGUUUGCGUCCAUUGACAGUUGUGCCUGCAGUGUCUCAGUUCCUGCUGUGGAGGACAGUCUCUGCUGGCAAGAGCUUGGGAGGGGCCAGUGACAAGUGA